CUUUUUUCUUUUUCUUUUUCUUUUUCUGCUUCUUCUUCUUCUUUUCUUUCUUUCUCUCUUUCUUUUCUCUUGUCAAGAAAAAAUAAUAAAGAAAAGUAUUGUGUGUGGCAUCAAAAAAAAAAUAUAACAAUCAACUACCCUUUUUCUUGCAGUCAGCCAUGCUCUGUACUCUUUUACAUUCACUCUGUUCACAAUCCUCAGCCACUCACAGCAGAUACCUUGCUUCAACUACUACUACUACUACUACUACUACUACUACUACAACUUUAACUACAACUGCUACUACUUUUACUACAACUCUUACUACACCACCAAAACAUCCCUGGUCCGCCAAUAUGUCCUCAGACGCAGAUUCCUAUGCCUUUUCCCCUCCAGCCUCCCCCUCCCACACAAUGACCCAUGCAGGCUCCUCCAUCACUCCCCCGGGCUCCCCACCCUCGCCCACAAUGAGUAUGAAAAGCAUUAACGGUCACCCUCUCUUGCUCGACUCGGCCCUUCAGCUCUCUAGCCAAAAGAAGAUCAAGGUCAUGAUCGUCGACGACAACUCUGUCAACCUCAAAAUCCUCUCCCGCAUGCUCGCUGUUCACUUCAAAGAGACCGUCAACCUGGCUUCAGUCGUCACCUCUGGAGUCGAUGCACUCGAAAUCCUCAACAGAGAAGAAUUUGAUCUCAUCCUCAUGGACAUUGAUAUGCCUGUCCUCACCGGGGUUGAGACCACUGCCGCCAUCCGUCGAAAUGCUCCAGAGCACCCGAUCCUGGAACAGAACCAAAAGGUUCCCAUCAUCGCCGUCACCACCAGCGAUGGACAGGAACAGCGUGAGCUCUAUCAGCAGGUCGGCAUGACUGAGUGUGUCAGCAAGCCCAUCUCCAUCCCAAAGUUGCGCGCUGCUAUCGAUACAGCCAUGAGCUCAACCAUUCGUUCCCUUACCGGAUGAAUUACCCCCUUCUGAUCCAUAUAAAAAACUCCCCCCACCACCACCUUACCCUGCCUUUGUCCUGCAGCAACAGUAAGGUCAGGUCGCUCAAGACCAGAGGUCGCUUCCUCUCCUUUUACAAAGUAGCAACGAUGCGACCCCAAGUAUUACCGCCGUCAUUUCCAAUCUUUAUUUUUCUUUUCCCAUUUGUUUGGUUCAACUCCCGAACCAAUUCAAACAGCUCGGAAUAAUCAAAAGAAAGAAAGAAAAA